AUGGAUGGAGGCAGCAUCUCCACCGGAACACAGACCACCCCCAUCCCGGUUGCGCACCAGCUCAGCAGUUCCACCGCUGAUGGUCCCCAGUUUCAUGGUAAUAUGGACGGCCAGUGCGCCGGGUCCUCCAGAGUCUUACUGGCAUACAAAAACGCGUCGCAGCAUCUGAGUUCAUCGGGAAUUAAAAUGGGAUUGGGGAUACUUAAAGUGGCCUCGUCUCAGUGGAAACAGGACAAGAAGACGCGCUCAGAUGUAGCCGUAAGGCAACUGUCCACAGCCAACAGCAGUCAUCCCUGCAAGAGAUCCCCACUUGAUCAUCUGGCAGCUUUGGUUCUCCACGGGCAAACCCGGCAGCGCCAAAUUGGCCAAGCGCAAGCACCGACCAAGCCUCAGAACUGUAAGCGCAUCGUGGUCCUCGGUGCGCCGCGGGUCGGCAAGACCUCCAUCCUGAGAAGAUAUCUUACGGACGGAUUUGUGGAGGAGUACAGUCCCACCUCCGAGGAUUUCCUUAGGAAACUGUUUCGUAUCCGCGGAGAGACUUACCAAAUUGACGUGCUGGACGCGUCCAGGGAAAGGGAUUUCCCAGCCAAGAGGCGGCUGUCUAUCCUCACUGGAGACAUUUUUCUCCUAGUAUUCAGUCUAGAUGACCGGAGCUCUUUCGACGAGGUGUGCGCCCUGCGAUCGGAGAUCCUGGCGGCUAAAUCCAAGCUCACCAAAUCCUCUGCGGCGGAGCAGUGCGCACAGCCGCAGGUUCCGCUGGUGGUCUGCGCCAACAAGGUGGAUACCCUGAAGUCUGAGGGAGGAAUAUCUAAGUCCGAGGUGCUCCAAGUACUCGGUGACGACUGUGCCUAUUUUGAAACAUCUGCUAAGGAAAGCACGAAUUUAGAGGAAGUCUUUGAAACUUUGGCAACGCUAGGCGGGCUUCCGGCUGAAACUGGCCCGUCUCAGCAUCGCAAACUCUCCCUCAGUUCCUACCAGGCAAUGCGCACAGGCCGUGUGCCGGGGAGGGGCUGUCAGGCCCCGGGGCGCGAUGAAGCCUGCGGUGCUCUGUACCCACUGGCCCGUCGGCCGAGUUUUAGCACGGAUCUCCGACAAGUUAUUGGGUCACAUACCGCAAGAAAGCCGGGCAAAGCGCUGGAAAAAUGUCGGAUUCAAUGA